CCGGUCAAUACACAUACUGUUGUUUUGGAACCCUAUUUUUGGUUCCGUUGAAGAACAAGUCUUCCUGUUUCAUCAUUUUCAAUGUUUUAGAUUCUUUCUAUGGCUGCUCCGUUCGCCUUAUGGUCCCGUCUGCGGGCGCCAACAUCAUCCCUCAUCUGCACCCGGCCGACAUAUGACAUCAGAAGGAUAUCUCCUGCAAUUGCUACGACGAGGGGAAAUGCAUUGUUCUAUUCAUCUACAACACCAGACAUCACAAGCCCAGUAGCUGAUUUUCAGCCUGCAAACCGGCUUUCCGGAAGAACCUGUAUGGUAACCGGCGGAGCCUCAGGUAUUGGCUUUGCCAUUGCAGAACGAUUCCUACAAGAAGGCGCCUUCAGAGUCAUUCUCGUUGGCAGAUCGCAGGAGAGACUACAAAAAGCCGCGGGGAAGCUCUCUAUCAAUGAUGGAACGGAACCAUCCUCAGAAAAGGUUCGAUUGGUUGCCGGGGACGUAGGAGAGGCUGGAACAUGGAUGCGCGAGUUGGAGAAGGAAAUGGCCGGUGUAGAUGUUCUAGUCAAUGCAGCCGGAGUGUCCAUCUCCAAUAUUCUGCCAAAACUUGAAUUGGCCGACAUCUCCCAGAUUCUCCGUACCAAUCUCGAGGGCGCGAUACUUACCUCUCGCGCAUUCCUUCGCGCCGCUAUCAGAAGCCGAAUUCGGGACCGCAAGAGCCCAGAUGCUGCACAAAGGCCUCCCUCCAAAUGUAUCAUCAACGUCUCUUCACUCCUCGCUCUCAAAGCGGGGACUGGCGCGGUCCCCUACGCUGCAUCCAAAGCUGGACUCUUGGGUUUGACGCGAUCGCUGGCCGUUGAGUCCACUGCAUCCAUGAGGGAUAUAGUGGUCCGGUCAAAUGCUAUCGUACCGGGCUAUAUCGAAACACCGAUGAUUGAAGAUUUCUCCCCCGGGGAGGUUGACAGAUUGAAAGCUACGAUUCCCCUCCGUCGAUUCGGCGACCCGCGGGAGAUUGCUGAUGCGGCCGUUUUCCUGGCUCAGAAUGAAUACGCCAACAAUUGCGUCUUAAAUCUUGAUGGAGGUUUGAGUGCAGUAUAGCCCGCUUGUUAUGCUCAGCCCUUGUAAACACAAUGGAAAACGGAUGUGUACGAUAGUCUUGUAAUAGCGUCGUCAGCCGCUUCGGGCGGUCUUAUGGAGUCAAUUUCGUUUAGACGACAAGGUCAAUGGCUUGUAAUAAAUCGGUUCUGAUACCAGAGUCAAUUGGGAAAAAUGUUAAAGGUAUGUUACAUAACGUGUAAGAAGUAGAGGCCAGUUUCCAUGUCUGUGCCAACCGGUCCUUAACCAUGCCAAAGGAUUCAAAUACAUGCGCAUAAGCCAGGAAGAUGUGAGUCUAAUCAUCGAUUAAAAUGGCACCUUCGUCAUCAUUGAUGACAACGACAUCUUCGUCACUAUUCUUUGCCGAUUCGCCAGCAACAUCUUCGUCACCGUUCUUUGCUGACUCGCCAGCAGGAUCUUCGUCACCGUUCUUUGCUGAUUCGCCAGCAACUUUCUUGGCAGUAUGACCGUCAGUCGAAAGCUCAUCUUCACCCUCGCGCUUACGUUUACCAGUCCCUGCUGUGCCAUUUGUCACAACUGCAACGUCUGGCUCGGGCGUGACCGGCUUCUUUUUCCUCCGUGGAAUAUCGAGAGUCUUUAGCAUGACCUUCGCAGCUUCGGCGGGCUCGGUUCUAG